AGUCAAUCUAAAAAAUUGAAUGAUCGGUUGAGUUAAGAAUAAAAAGUUUCUUCGAGUCAUGGUAAAUGUUGACUAGUGAAUCAAGUUUUGUGCGAAUCUUUAUCUUGAAUGUUGAAACUUCAAUGAAUAAAGUUAUGUCAACAAUACUUUUUACUGUAGCUUGGAUUGGAUUUGUUUCAGUAUGCAAAGCUGAACCAAUUGUAACUACAAAGUUUGGUCAAAUACAAGGUUUUACUGACAAUUAUGAUGAUUUCAAAUACGAAUCCUUCUUGGGUAUUCCAUUUGCUGAGCCACCUUUGGGAAAUUUACGCUUCCAAUUACCUCAACCAUUCAAUUCAACUUGGUCAACACCUUAUAAAGCAGUGAAUUAUGGAAAUGGUUGCUUCCAAACUCCUUUAGGAUCAGUCAACUUCAAUAUAAGUGAGGACUGUUUGUAUCUGAAUGUAUGGAGACCAAAGUUGAAUAAUGAAAAUAAUGAUACAGAGCUGCUGCCUGUAUUUUAUUUCAUCCAUGGCUCUGGAUAUACGUUUAGUUCAAGUUCGAUAGAGUCUAACCAAGGUAAUGUGUUAGCUGCAACGCAAAAGAUAAUUGUUGUCAACUCAAACUAUCGACUUGGAGCAUUUGGCUUUGCUCAUGGUUCUCAUACUUCAAUGCCUGGUAAUCUUGGCAUUUAUGAUACUUUGACGGUUCUUCGAUGGAUUCGUGAUAAUAUCAGAGCAUUUGGUGGAGAUCCUAAUCGUGUUACAUUAGCAGGACAAAGUGCUGGAUCAAAAAUAGUUUCAAUUUUAGCCACUUUACCAAAUAAAUUUCAAUCACAAUCUUUAUUUUCCCGUCUAAUAAUGAUGAGUGGUGCGACAACAAAUAAAAUGCAGGCUGAGGAUGUAUCAGUUGCCUUAGCAAAGACUCGUCUAUUAGCUUCAAAAGUGAACUGUUUGAGCCAAGUUGAUCAGUUUGAAUCAUCAAAUGAAUUGUCUGAUGAAACUGUCGACUGCUUAAAGCAAGUUGAUGCAAAGGAUUUAUUGAAAGCACAAAGUGCAGAGGGUAUCACAGCACUUGGUGCCUCAGAGACCUCGGUAUUUUUACCAGUUUAUGGAACAGAUUUGAUACCAAACAAACCAAUGGUAAAUCAUGCCAAACGACUUGAAGCAAUCAAAGGUAAACCCAUGUUGUUUGGAGCAGAACAAGAUGAAUCUUCAGGCUUUUCGCCAGUGGACAACAUCUUUACUUUGGACGAUGCUCACUCAUUUAUCACUGAAGAAAUUUCAUUUGCAAUCCAAAACAUAAAACCUGAUCAAAUUGACUCCAUGUUUAAAGUUUACUUUAAAGAUGCUGAUCCAUCCAAUACUUACGAUAUAAGAUCGAGAUGUGUUAAACUGUGUUCUGAUAUGAAUUAUCAUUGCCCAUCAUUGACAUUGGCUGAAUUUUGGUCGCUGAAGAAUCACAAUAUUCAUUUCUAUCUGAAUAGUUAUGUUGGUGAAAAGUUAGCUGAAAAUCCAGGGAGACCUUAUGGAACUCAACAUGGAGAUGAUGCUUUAUUCGGACUAGGAGAUCCAAUAAGACAACCCAGUUUAUAUACAACAAAUGAUAGAAAAUUCAGUCGAUUAUUGCUCAAUUUGUUUAGCGAUUACGCUAAAGGCUUGCCUCUGACUGAUUGGCCUCCAAUCCGAUACAAGCAUCCAUAUAAAGAAUUUCAUUCACAAAUAUUUAAAAAUUUAAGCCUGAGCUCAGAAAAUAUCAUCAAUUAUGAUCAUAAGCUUUGCAUGGAAUGGAUGAAAUUAUUUAAUUCAGACAUGUAGUAAGCAAUUGGUUUUAUUUUAAUUUCAUUAAAUUCUGUUUAAUACAGUUUAGGGCUGGGAUAAGCUAAUUUACAGAUGUUAAUCAAUAAAAACACUUCAAAAGGCCGAACUGAUAAAGGCCUAUUAUGAAGUUAUCUUCACAUUAUAAUAUCAAUUACAUUAUUUUAUUUGUUACAAUUUACAAAUUUUCCAACAGUAAACAGUUUUGCGCAAAUCAA